AUGAAGAAGGCAAAGAAGGAAAGGCGGACGACAACUACAUCAACAGAGCAAGUGGUUCAGAAACCACAAAAAGAAGCACCGGUGAAAUCAACUUCUAUGCAAACUUCAAUUUCAACAAUUCCAACCAAAUGUCAACAACUGCAAAUACCAGAUGUUAAACAAUCCGAGAUAGAGAUCAAUUCUGUUAGCCAAAAAAAGGUGACUGGAAAAGAAGGAAUCACUGAAGAUGAAAUGAAUGAGAGAAACGUGAAGGACCAGACAAAAACGAGCCAAGGGAUGAAUGAGGAUGAAAUAGCAAGUGAAUAUUUGCCGACACCUAUGGAUUAUUUUCUGAACGGUCAGUUGGUGAGUCGACCAUCAAGAUACGAUGAGGCUAAAUACAAUCUCGGUGAUCGAUCUUGA